CGGGGCCUGGAGCCCGGGGCUGGGUCCUGGGAAUCCCAUUCCCGCGGCUGGGACUCCAGCUCCCCUGCCAGUUCCUCCAGGCGGAAGCCCUCAGGCUUGGGUGGACAUCCUCACUCCAGCCUCCAGGCCUGGACAGGAAUUCUCUCUCCAGCAGCCCUGCCAGACGCCCGCCUGGCCCCUGCCUCAGGCGGGGAGGGCUUCAGGGAAGCUCACCAAGGCAGAAGGGCGGGAGAGAUUGUCAGAACUUCAGCUGAUGUCCAGGGACUGACCGUGAGCCUGGGUGAGAGUGAGUUCCCCUUUGGAGGCAACAGCCGAGGAGAGGAUGGAAGGCCCGGCCCCCAAGAAUGAACCCUGAGGUUCAGGGAGCGGCUGGAGUGAGCCGGCCCCAGAUCUCCAUCCAGCUGCAGGUCCCAGAGGCCUGGGUUACACUCGCAGCUCCUGGGGGAGGCCCUUGACUUGCCUCAGUUCCCAAACAGGAACCCUGGGAAGGACCAGAGAAGUGCCUGUUGAGCAGGGAGAGGAAGUGAGGGGCGCCGGCCGGCCGUGGGGCAAUGCAACGGCCUCCAGCACAGGGCUAUAAGAGGAGCCGGGCGGGCACGGAGGGGCAGAGACCCCGGAGCCCCAGCCCCACCAUGACCCUCGGCCGCCGACCUGCCUGUCUUUUCCUCGCCUGUGUCCUGCCGGCCUUGCUGCUGGGGGGCACCGCGCUGGCCUCGGAGAUUGUGGGGGGCCGGCGAGCGCGGCCCCACGCGUGGCCCUUCAUGGUGUCCCUGCAGCGGCGUGGAGGCCACUUCUGCGGCGCCACCCUGAUCGCGCCCAACUUCGUCAUGUCGGCCGCGCACUGCGUGGCGAAUGUAAACCCCCGCACGGUGCAGGUGGUCCUCGGAGCCCAUAACCUCCCGCGGCGGGAGCCCACCCGGCAGGUGUUCGCCGUGCAGCGCAUCUUCGAAAACGGCUACGACCCCAUAAACUUGCUCAACGACAUCGUGAUUCUCCAGCUCAACGGGUCGGCCACCAUCAACGCCAACGUGCAGGUGGCCCAGCUGCCGGCCCAGGGCCAACGUGUGGGCAACGGGGUGCAGUGCCUGGCCAUGGGCUGGGGCCUUCUGGGCAGGAACCGUGGGAUCGCCAGCGUCCUGCAGGAGCUCAACGUGACGGUGGUGACGUCCCUCUGCCGCCGCAGCAACGUCUGCACUCUCGUGAGGGGCCGGCGGGCCGGCGUCUGCUUCGGUGACUCCGGCAGCCCCUUGGUCUGCAACGGGCUAAUCCACGGAAUUGCCUCCUUCGUCCGGGGAGGCUGUGCCUCGGGGCUCUUCCCCGACGCCUUUGCCCCGGUGGCACGGUUUGUAAACUGGAUCGACUCCAUCAUCCAACGCUCCGAGGAGCACCCCUGUGCCCACCCCCGGGACCCGGACCCGGCCAGCAGGACCCACUGAGAAGGGCUGCCCAGGUCACCUCAGCUGCCCACAGCCACACUCCGGCAUCUGGCACAAUAAACAUUCCUCUGUUUUGUA